UUCCCUAAAUUGUAUCGUGCAUAUUUACAAAAAUAUGAAAACUUUAAAGCUUUGUAUUCUUCUGAACAACAAGAAGCAAUAUUGACUUUGUCAAUUCCAGAAGAUAAAAAAACAAAAGGCAAAAAUCCAGAUAAUAAUUAUUUAAUCUCUGAAGAUGAUGAUUAUAACUCAGAUAAUAAUAAAGAUUUAUCAACCAAUUCUUGA